CCCUUUUCAAGGCGAAAUGAAGAAAAAAGCUGUAUAUACCCUAAAUGUGGGAGAUCAGGAAUAUGAAGAUAUGGAAGACAAAGAAAACAAAGAUAAUACUGCUACCACUGGCCUGUUAUACAGUGAAGCUGACAGAUGUCCAAUAUGUCUUAACUGCCUAUUAGAGAAGGAAGUUGGUUUUCCAGAAAACUGUAAUCAUGUCUUCUGCAUGACCUGUAUUCUUAAAUGGGCAGAGACACUGGCUUCGUGUCCUAUUGACCGAAAACCUUUUCAGGCAGUGUUUAAAUUCAGUGCAUUGGAAGGUUGUAUUAAGGUCCAAGUAAAAAGACAGUUGAGAGAAACAAAAGACAAGAAAAAUGAAAGCUCUUUUAAGAAACUGCUCUCCUGUCAUCAAAAUUCUAAAAGCUGUAUGAGAAAAAAGGUCAUAAAAGAAGAUUUAUUAAAUGCAAAAGUUUAUGGCUUGAAGAGGCUACAUAGAAACUUUAAAUACAGUGAAAUGGGAAGAAAGAAAAAUGCAACAAUAAGAACAAAUAAGCCUCGAAGAUCAAAUCAAUGUACAAGGCAGUGCUUCAGAAACUUUUUCUCCAGUAUGUUUUCUUCUAGUAGUCACACUGGCGAAUCCUCUUUUGCCUGUGGAGCUUAUUGUACAGGAUAUAUAGAAGUCAAUGAAAUCAGUGCAUUAAUUAGACAGAAGAGACAGGAACUGGAAUUGUCAUGGUUUCCUGAUACAUUACCUGGAAUUGGAAGAAUUGGCUUUAUACCCUGGAAUAUUGAAACAGAAGUCCUUCCUCUCAUUUCUUCUGUGUUGCCAAGAAGUAUUUUUCCAACAAGUACCAUAUCUUUAGAAAAUUUUGGUACCUCUUGCAAGGGAUAUGCAUUAGCACAUGCUCAAGAAGGAGAAGAGAAGAAGCAAGCUUCUGGUACAUCAAACACGAGAGGAUCAAGACGAAAACCUACAGCAGCAACUCCCACAAGGAGAUCUACACGUAACACGAGAGCCGAAGCAGUCAGCCAAUCUCAGAGAUCUCCAGUGUCAAAUAAUUCUGGGUGUGAUGCCCCAGACAAUAGUACAUCUGUAAGUGUUUCCUCUUCAGCUGAGUCAGAAAAGCAAACAAGACAAGCUCCAAAACGGAAGUCUGUAAGAAGAGGAAGAAAGCCACCUUUACUGAAAAAGAAACUUCGGAGUUCUGUGCCACCCCCUGAUAAAUCCUCUUCCAGUGAUUCAGUAGAUGAAGAAACAGCAGAGUCUGACACACCACCUGUGUUAGAGAAAGAGCACCAAUCAGAUGUAGAAAGGAGCAAUACUGCAGUGCACGUAAAUGUAGAAAAUGAGUCUGCUAAUGGCUUGAGACAUUGCAGUGAAGUAACAGAAGUAAGUGAGGAACAUACCAAGACCCUUGAUACACAAGAAGGAAUCGAGUCUUCAUGUGCUGAGUCUUGUGCACAAGUUACUACUAUGCCAGUUGGAGAGGAGGAAGAAAUUCAGAAUGUUGAGGGCACAAGUAUAGAAGCUAAUGCUCUGUGUUUAGAAAGUGAGAAUUCUAAAAGUAUUUCAGAAAAAGGAAGUGGUGAUUCAUUAGAAAAUCAAGACCACGUAUCUGAACCUUCAGAAUCAGAAGGAAAAGCAGAUGCAGGUACAGAUCACCCUUCAAAUGAUUUUCUGGCCUGUUCAGGAUCUGAAAUUGAAGUAUUGCACCCUGUACCAAACCUAAGCAACUCUCCUGGGAAUGGAGAGUCAGUGAUUAAUGAAGAACCUGUCAAAGAAGGUCCUGUGGUGGAAAUUAUUGAUCAUAAAGAGUCUACAGUAAAAACAGAGCAGCUUGUAGAGAACCCCAAAUUAGAAUCCUCUGAGGGGGGACUUUUACAAACAGUAGACAAAAGGUCUAUUGAAAGCACAGAGGUCCAGUUGCUUGGGUGUAUUGAAACUGAAGCUAGAGAAGUAAAUGCAACAUGUGAUACUUCGGGGAAUGAAAAUUUUGAUAGUAUUCAAGACCUUGAAAAUAACUCAUUAAAAAGUAACACAAAAUUAGACAAAUCUCUAGAAGACAAUACCAAAUCACUGACUGAGCAUGACAGUUCUGCUGAGGUUCCUGGUGCACAGACUGAACAGACUCUGAAGCAUUUGGGCGAAGAUAAUACUGAAAUGAUACCAAUGGAAUGUGAUUCAUUUUGCAGUGAUCAGAAUGAGUCUGAAAUCGAGCCACCUGUAAAUGCUGAUGAGAAACAUGUGGAACACAGUUCUCCAAAUACUGUGCUAUCUUCUGACCCUACACAUGAGAAAGUGGAAGCUGUAUCUCAACCAUCUGAAAGCCCUGUAGAUACAGUAGAUAAAGCCAAAAAGCCUCGUACUAGAAGGUCUAGAUUUCACUCUCCAUCUACAACCUGGUCACCCAAUAAAGACACUGGACGGGAGAAGAAGCGUUCUCAGUCUCCAUCACCCAAAAGAGAAACAGGAAAAGAAAGCAGGAAGUCUCGAUCACCAUCUCCCAAGAAAGAGUCUACAAGAGGGAGGAGAAAAUCUCGUUCUCAGUCCCCAAAAAAGGAUAUUGCAAGAGAUAGGAGACGAUCUCAAUCUCGAUCUCCAAAAAGAGAUAGUACUAGGGAAGGCAGGCGAUCUGAAUCGCUCUCCCCCAAAGGAGACACUUCUAGAGAGAACAGAAGAUCACAGUCAGGAGUGAAAGAUGCCUCCCCGAGAGAAAAAUCUAGGUCCCGGAGCAGAGACAGAGAAAGUGAUCGGGAUGUGCAGAGAAGAGAUCGGGAUAGAGAAAGGAGAACCAGGAGGUGGUCUAGAUCCAGGUCUCGUUCUCGGUCACCAUCAAGAUCUAGAACCAAAAGUAAGAGUUCAUCAUUUGGUAGAAAUGACAGAGAUAGUUAUUCUCCUCGGUGGAAGGAAAGAUGGGCAAAUGAUAGUUGGAGGUGUCCACGAGGAAGUGAUCGGUACAGAAAGAGUGACACGGAGAAGCAGAAUGAAAAUACAAGGAAAGAAAAAAAUGACAUCAGCCCAGAUGCUGAUGAUCCAAACUCUGCUGACAAACGUAGAAAUGACUGUCCCACGUGGGUAACAGAAAAAAUAAAUUCUGGGCCUGAUCCAAGAACCAGAAAUCCAGACAAGUCAAAAGAUUCUCACUGGGAAGAACAUAGAAAUGAAAAUUCAGGGAACUCUUGGAAUAAAAACUUCAGUUCAGGGUGGAUGUCUAAUCGUGGCAGAGGGAACCGUGGCAGAGGUGCCUACAGAGGCGGCUUUGCCUACACGGAUCGGAAUGAAAAUCGGUGGCAUAACCGAAAACCCCUCUCAGGGAAUUCAGAUAGUUCAGGGAACGAGCCUUUCAAGUUUGGGGAACAGCAGCCCUAUAAACGGAAAAGUGAGCAAGAGUUCUCGUUUGACACACCAGCAGACAGGUCGGGGUGGACAUCUGCGUCCAGUUGGGCCGUCAGAAAGACUCUGCCCGCAGAUGUACAGAACUACUACUCACGCCGGGGGAGGAACACUGCGGGCCCACAGGCCGGGUGGAUGAGACAAGAGGAUGAAACAGCUGAACAGGAUUCUGACCUAAAAGACCAAACAAACCAACAAAGUGACGGUUCUCAACUACCUAUGAAUAUGAUGCAGCCGCAGAUGAAUGUAAUGCAGCAGCAAAUGAAUGCCCAGCACCAGCCUAUGAAUAUCUUCCCAUACCCAGUGGGUGUUCAUGCCCCUUUGAUGAACAUGCAACGAAGCCCAUUCACCAUGCAUCCUCAGCUGCCCCUGCACCUGCACACUGGCGUGCCGCUCGUGCAGGUCGCGGCUCCCACCAGUGUAUCUCAGGGACUGCCCCCGCCCCCACCCCCACCCCCACCCUCCCAGCAAGUCAGCUACGUCGCUUCACAGCCAGAGGGAAAGCAACUGCAGGGUAUUCCUAGUGCACCUCAUGUAAGUAAUAACAUGAGCACACCAGUCUUACCUGCUCCAACAGCAGCCCCAGGAAAUAUGGGGACGGUUCAGGGACCAAGUUCUGGUAAUACUGCGUCAUCAAGUCACAGCAAAACCUCUAAUGCUGCUGUAAAAUUGGCAGAAAGCAAAGUAAGUGUUACAGUGGAAGCCAGCGCAGAUAGCUCGAAGACAGACAAGAAAUUACAAAUUCAAGAAAAAGCAGCACAGGAGGUAAAACUGGCUAUUAAGCCAUUUUACCAAAAUAAAGAUAUCACCAAGGAAGAAUAUAAAGAGAUUGUACGCAAAGCAGUAGAUAAAGUUUGCCAUAGUAAGAGUGGAGAAGUAAAUUCUACUAAAGUGGCAAAUCUAGUUAAAGCCUACGUGGACAAAUACAAAUAUUCGCGGAAGGGAAGCCAAAAGAAAGCUCUGGAAGAACCUGUAUCUACUGAGAAAAACAUAGGCUGAAGUGGGGAGCACUGUAAAGGACAUUGUCAAGAUUUCUGCAAAGUGCAAUUUCAAAAUGUACCUUUAACUGAAAAUCAUACAUAACUGUGAUUGAAAUUUGGUUUUGAUAAAAUUAUUUUUUUUAAUGUAGGAUAUAAUGUUUUGUUCUAAAUAAAUAUAGUUCUGCACUGCAACUUCUAUAUCUUUCCUUCCCCUCCCCCAAUAAAAACAAAUCCAAGAGCAAGUAAAGGGGUUAAGGAUUGUGUGUUUUUAUUAGGAUUGUUCUAGGGUGGAUGCUGGGAGCUGUGCAGCGUGUUGAUUUGAACAAUGUAGUGCAUAAAUGAAAGAUUUCUAAGUGCACUGGCUUUGGAAGAGAGAUAUAUAAUACAUUUAUUCUGUCAGACUGAAAAUAAAGUAUGAUCUUAUGAUUUUUCCCUUUAAUUUUAGAAAGUAAAUAAUGUAUUACCAUGAAAAAUACUUCUAAUAACAACAUAACAAUCGCAGGGUUCCUAAUGUGUAUGUUUAUAAAGCACACAUCUGAAUAAAUUGCUUAGUUAGAGAACAGACUAUCACAUGGAAGAAUUCAGUGUUUUUAGACACUUUGGGACACUCUUCACCUAUUGUAUCACCAAAUAAAGGUUAUGCUGCUUGUUUUUCUUUUGUGCCUUUUUUUCCCCCAGUUAAGAUGAAGCAAUUUGAUUUGCUAGAUUUCUGACUUGGGCAGUCUGAAGUCUUGAAUCUUAGAAGACUGAUCUGGAUGAAGCUGGCCUUCUAGGCACUAAGGUCCUCCCUAGUGCAGUGGCCACAGACAGGAGGCGCUGUGUUUCUGGGGAGUGGUUGAGGGCCGUGGCCCCUCUUCCCUGGCCAGGAUGUAGCAGCAAAGACUCUCCGCCUCUCAGACUGUUGCUCAAGUACCUGAGCGCUUUCCCUUUUGAGAAAGAAAGCUCCCGGCGCUACCACAGUGAGUCUGUUAACUUGGUGGCCAUGCAGUAGCCAUUGCCCAUAUUGCAAAAAAUUCUAGACAUUAAAAUCUGUGUUUGGAGAAGGAAGAGGAAUCUUGGCUAGGCUUUCAGGGACUAGGGAUUUGGUAGGGGGGUGGGGGAUUAAGUACUGGGUAUUUUAUAAAAGGUAAGUUUCAGAUACUGUAUUACCAUUAUUUUAAUGCCAAUACCAAAUAACUGGAAAGCUACUCAGAUAAAAUAAAACUGCUCAAAGAUCAGUUUCUGCCUCAGCGAGACUGACUGAGAUAAAUUAGCAAAAGCAAUACUCGGUAGGCUUGUGCUUUUCUGAGGUAAAAGUUCUCUCUUAAUUUUAUGUGCAUAAUAACUUUACUGGUGCUAGCUUUGUUUGGUAGGGAAAAUAACCUUGAAAUGUUGAUGCUAAGGAUUGUGCUAAUUCAUAAUCUUUACUAGAUUGUGAGUGUGGCCACGAAAAGUAUUAGAAAUAUAUCCAAGCAGUUUUUGAUCUUACUCUUCAUUUUUGGGCAUUUGUAAUAUGGUGUUCUACUGGUUUAUAUAUAUUUUUGAUUAACAUUUGUGUUUAGAUUAUUAUGGGAAAGAAAUCUGAACAUCUGUUUCUUCUACAACAAUUAAGAGUUUUAAAUUAUACCAAUACACACCUCGUUUGUUUCAGUUUUGAACUCUAGAAACAAUGUGUGAACUUGCAAUCUCUCUUCAGGCUGGUUCACACUGAACGUUUUGUAGCAAAUUGCUGUGCCUGAGCUAUUUAAUCACAACUUUCAGUUAUGUUUGGAAGUCAGAUGACAUUUUAAAAUUACUUUCUACCAUUUAGUUUUUGCAAACAUGUUUAAAAGUUUUGAAGAAAACAAACCAGGUGCUGUGGCCAGGAGUUAAGUCCCAAGUCACCCUUGGCAGUGCCAUGGAUUACCCCUGCUUUUCUUGAAAAUAGCCAGUGUGUUUUCCUUGUUCCAUAUCCAGCUGGGUUCAUGGCUAGACUGCAUUUAAAAUUGCUACUAAAGAAUGUCUCUGGAGAAUUCAAGCUUUUAAACUCUGAAAUAUUUAAGAAUGUAUUAGGAAGUGCAUGCUUCAUAUUAACAAAUUCAUUGCCUUAACAUACACCAUUCUUGUUUUGUUUUGUUUUGUUUUCUUCAGAAAUUUACAUUAAUUUUUGCAUGUGCACAGACUUAAAAUCAUUUUGUGGGGUAUAGGAUUCUCUUAAUUUAUAAAAAAUUCAGUAUUAACCUUUGAAAACUUGGUCCCUGUAACCUACUAGUCAUGUUGACCAAUAUUCUGGGCUAUAGUGAUGUCUAGAAUUUUAAGACUAGUUAUGAUUUUAACAUUCCAAAAGUUGUGAUUUUUUUUUUGUCUUUACCAUAUUUUCUCCAUUAUCUGCCUUCCAAUGGCCAUAGUUGUGUAAUGCUCAAAUGUUCCAUCCAAGAGGUGUGGCUCAGAAGCACAGUGGCUGCCUAUGGCCUGUGAGACGGUGUGUGUAGGAGGGUGGGACAUGGUCUACUAAAAAAUACGUGCAAGCAGAUGUGUAGUGUGUAAUAUUUUCUAAUAAAUGCUUUUGAUAAACAAA